UCACUGCUCCACAUCCUGCCCCGCUCCUGCACUUCCUCAUUCAAGGCAGAAGUGGCUCUCAGCAGCACGUUUGGAUCUCAGCACAUGCAGAAAGGAUACUGAGAGAUUCCAGAGCCCUCCCUCCCACUCCAGACAAGAAACCUGCAAGAGCUCCUUAAGUCUCCUAUGGAAGCUGAGCAUUCCUAAACAUCCACAGAAGGUGGCAGUCCAGGUGACAGGAUGCUGCGUGCACGUGACAGUGACUGAGCUUUGUUUCCACAGACACAACUUGCAGCUGAAGCGCCUGGUGAAGCUCCCAACAGGGACGGAUUCCCAAAGGGCUGGGAAGGCACAAAAAUGAAAGGGGAGACUGCACUCUGGAUGGUUGCCUGCUUGCUGCUUGUGUCUCUACCCAGAGGUCAACAAGAAAGUAUAUACCAUGCAUUUGUUGGAGAAACUGUUGUUUUGCCUUGCACCACCAGCCCUCCUGGAGAGCUGAUCUUUUCCAAGUCAAUGCUCUACUGGCAGAUUGACAAGAAGAUAGUGCACUUUUUUCAGAAAGGGCAGGAUUCACUGGGGUCCCAGGACAAACAUUUCUGUGGCAGAACCAGCCUUUUUUUGGACCAGAUGAAGCACGGCAACCUUUCCUUGAAGAUCUCCAAUGUCCAGUUACAGGACAGUGCGGAGUAUACCUGCAUCUACAAACAGGAUCAGAAUCAUCAAACAAAGAAAUCAUAUAUUAAACUCAAUGUCUCAGCCCCACGUAUGACUGAGGAGACACCUUUUUCUUCUGGGCAGAGUCAGAUUCCCUCCAGAAGCCCUCCUGAAACACCACGUCUGGCUGUACUUUCCCUCUCUUUCCACCUCCUGGUCACACUGGGGGUUUGGCACUUGUAACCGGGGAAGGCAACCUUGCCUUUGGGAAGUUUUCCUCGCCAGGGGACAUCACUGGGCAGAACAGGCCUGUGGGUUCCAGAGCCACGUGACAGAAACACCAGUAGCUGAAAACAGACGAAGCACUGGGUGUUCAGGUCCCACAUUUUGGUUCCAAAAAAAAAGCAAAGGCAGCAAAACUCCGAGGUGGCAAAUCUGCUCUUCCAUUUGGUUCUUGGAGUCCAGUUUUAGUGCUGCCAGUGGGAACAUUUUAAUUUGGAUUUUGUGGGUUUUCUUUAAUAACAGGAUAAAAGACUCACAAAACUACAGGGUGACAUUAUAAUUGACCUUAGUGAGACGUUUUGCUUAAGAUCUCAUCUGCUGUCCUUCAGAGACAGCUGAAAGGAGGAGCAGGUGUAAUCACCCUUUGUGCCAGACAAAAUCUGGAAGUGGGAAGGACCUCCCAUUUUGUGAAACAUAAAGAAGGAAACCUUGUGAAACUGCAGGCUGUGGAACUUUAGCUUCUGUUUUCACUCUUAAGCGUCAUGGGCUAUUAGUAAGAACAUUUUUUUUUCCACAAGAAACAUAGUAUUUCUUCAGCGGAAGGGUGAAGCUGAUGGAGAAAGGGGAUGAAAGCUAAUAAAACAUCAACACAGAGGAAGGAAGUGAUGUAUUACUACAAAGUCCAAAUCAGCCAAAAAGCUUUAGAAGGGUGAAUUCAACGUUUCCUCUUUUUUUUUGUCAUGAAGCACUGCUCACAAACGUGAGCAUCACCAAAAAGUUGGAUACUUAAGGUAAAACUGUGCAAUAAGAAAUUGUUACUGUGACAACGUAGCUUCGUUAAAAACAGCACCUUGGGGGGGGGGGGGGGAAGAGAAAGGUAUUUAAAAACUCCUCAGAAUCAUUGUAACUGACUGCAAACUAAAUAGGUUCAUUUCUGGAAAUGUUCAAUUCGGGUAGAGUUCGAUGGUCCUGUAGGUUGGAAGGAUCCUGCUACAAACAGUGUCAAGAAAGUGCAGAAGUUUUGUUUCGGGCCAGAACUGCAGCUACCCUAUUUCACAACCAAAAAGCAUCCAGAGGACAGAACUACUCCCCUGGGCGGCUUAUCAGCAGUGACUGCAACACACCCCUCCGGGCUGAGCCCUCGAGCAGGGGAAGUGAUUCAUAAGGACUCCAGUGAAGUCAUUUUGAUUUGCACUUUUUUCUUUCAAAGGAAAGAGAAGAAGGGAACAGAAUAAAUUAGAACUUAAAAUGAUGUUAUCCAUCGAGGUAAAGGGAAUGGUUACCUUUGAAUUUUUUAACAAAGGGCCCUUUCCCCGUGGUGGGGAAGAGGGACAACAUCCCACGCUCACAUUGUGCUAUUGCUGCAGUGAAGCUCAGCAGGUACUUGUCUACCCUGGGUACAGAACAGUGCAACAGCUGGGGUUCCCCUUCACAGAAGGAUUUGAAUGUAAGAACUGUACAUCCUGUGAUUGUCUUUCUGUGUCCUA